AUGGAGGUUGAUGAAGAAAAGGAAGAGAAAAUUAAAGAACCCUCGUUUUCCUCAAAGCUUUCAAAUUUUUUAAAAUUAAUUGACCAACUUAUUGAAUUAUUUCCUUUAUUUUCAACUCCACCAAAAUCUAAUUGGCAACCUUGUAGAGAAGAUUUUAUUCAUAGAAAAUACAGACCGGCACUCCUCUCUUUAGGCUCUAUUUUUGCAAUUUUUAGAGUUAUUAAAAUUGCAGAUGAGGUAGCCGAUACAUUUUUAACUGUUGGUAAUAUAUUAGGGAUGGAACAUGAACAAAUUGUUGAAGAUUUGCUUCGUGCUGAAACUUCCAAUAUUUGUUCAGAACAACGUGAACGUGAGGCAGGAAUUCAACGCCAAACAAUUUCCAAAGCUUUAGAAAAUAUUUGUAAUUGUGAUUCUCUAUUAGAUCAAGUAGAUGAUAAAAAAUCGGAUAAUGUUUUUCGUUUCUUUUUGGACGGAUUGAAAAAGGCGGAUGUUGUUAAUUCAAAAGAACACGAAUUUUUAACUAAAAAAAGAGAUUUAAAACGUUCACAAAACGAAGAAUUACCUGCUGGUGAGCGCCAAAUGAUUGUUCGCUCUGAACUUAUUUCGAGGGUGCAAAAAGCGAAGAGAGGGAUUGACACGCUUGUACCUGAAAAUACAGAAAGGCUUUUAAGAAGGCUUUUGUCUUUAGGUGAAAUUCCCAUUGAUAUGCUCUGUUCUAUUUAUUGUGCAUGUGGAGAGUUGUCUCUAUUCUCUUCAAAAUUAGCAGCAUUAAAUGCCCAGGCACAACAACCUAUUACUGGGGAAAAUGUUAGCGGGGCAACAACUAAUGCCCAAGGGAGAUUGUUAAUUUUUGAUUCAACAUUUUUAUUAAUGGCACGUAUACAACAUGUAUUUGCUGAUAUGCGUUUGGAAGAAUUAGUUGGUGGACGUUUACACUGCGCAUUUUAUCGUUGGACACAACGUUAUCAGAAAUGUAUUGAGGAAAGUGAAUCGAUGUGUUUUGUUUUAUCUUCACAGACAGGAGGGGGGCCUUCAAAUGAGGAUUCUACAGAUUCCUCUUUCCGUUCAAAUUUUCAACGUAACCAAUUCCAAGCAAUGCGCUCACAAAAACAACCUUUUUGGUUAGCGGAAAAUAAUGAUUUUGGCAAUACGAUAGAAACUGUCCCUUUAAUUGGUGAACUUUUAUUGGAAGAGGUGAAAAAUGAUUUUUAUGUGAUAAUAUUUUAA